AACUACUCUUUGUCACCAAGACCUAGCUACACAUCCAUAGACCAAGCUAAUAUGUUCAUCUCUGGCCCACCAAAGAAACGACACCGGGGAUGGUACCCUGGGUCACCUGUCUCCCAGCCUGCUCUAGUUGUUCCAGUCCCUACAGUCCGUCCUCUUUCAAGAACUGAGCCCCUAUUAUCUACCCCAGUUCCACAGACCCCACUAACUGGAAUUCUCCAGCCUCGGCCUGUCCCUGCAGGGGAAACUGUGAUUGUUCCUGAAAACCUGCUCAGUAACUCGGGAGUUAGACCAGUGAUCCUCAUAGGCUAUGGCACUUUACCCUAUUUCUAUGGAAAUGUUGGCGACAUUGUUGUAAGUCCCCUGCUGGUGAACUGCUACAAGAUCCCACAGCUGGAAAACAAAGAUCUGGAACAACUAGGUUUGACGAGCAGCCACCUCCUGAGCGCGGAGAACAUGAUCCUUCUGACAAUACAGUAUCUUGUACGGUUAGGUCCUGACCAGAUACCUCUCAGGGAAGAAUUUGAGCAAAUCAUGCUGAAAGCUAUGCAAGAAUUUACUGUGAGAGAGAGAGCCCUGCAGAUGGGUGUUCCCUGCUUACCUAUGUCCCCGGGACAGCUCCCCUGGCUUGCUAGAUUAGCUGCCAGUGUGUCUCAAGACCUGGUUCAUGUGAUCGUUACCCAAAACUCUCUGGCAGAAGGCAUUUCAGACACUGAGGCUUCUCAAUGA